UUGAUUUGCUACAUUAAAACAGAGAGGUGUAUGUGUGUGAGUGCGGCGCGUACUGUGAACUGUUUUGUAUGCUGCGCUAAUAAUAGCGUGCAUAAUUCGGUAAGAACCUCGAGACUGAGGCUGUGCUGAAUGAAAAGACGAUUGUAUUUAUAUAAAAAAGGCAAACCUAUUUAUACCCAGAGAGGAAAAGAAGGUAACAAAACACCUCUACGACAAGCCGUGUAACCAGUCAAACAGACAGCCUAAUGAAUUGGCCCAGCGUACAGAGGAUCUGUGAAUUUGAUUAAAAAUGGGAUUAAUAAAGCUUCAGAACCCUAAUCAUCCCUCAGCGCUCCUUCAUAAAGCCAACCAGAUGCGACUGCUGGGGACUCUGUGUGAUGUGGUUAUCCUGGUGGACAGCCAGGAGUUCCACGCCCAUCGCACCAUCUUGGCCUGUACCAGUAAGAUGUUUGAAAUCUUGUUUCUGCGCAACAGUCAGCAUUACACCUUGGACUUCCUUUCACCAAAGACGUUCCAACAGAUCCUGGAAUAUGCUUACACUGCCACACUCCAAGCCAAAGUAGAGGACUUGGAUGAUCUGUUGUAUGCAGCAGAAAUAUUGGAGAUUGAGUACUUGGAGGAGCAGUGUCUGAAGAUACUGGAAACUAUUCAGGCAACGGAUGAUAAUGAUACAGAGAUGACAGCUGCUGAAGAGGAGGAUGGGGGAAAAGCCAGGUUUAACAAGAAUAUAUUGGUUACUUCGCAAAUCUCUGGUGAAGAGGCUGCUUACAUGACUAACCAGGCCAUGCCAACUGGGACAAUGGAAGAGCAGAGCCCCUCUGUGUCCACUUCAUUUGGACUUUCAGCAAUGAGCCCCACCAAAGCUGCCGUAGAUAGUCUCAUGAGUAUUGGGCAGUCUAUUAUUCAGGGAUCUCUGCAGCAAGCUUCUACAGAUGAAGCCUUCUCUGCUGGCAGCAGGCAUUCCAUGGUAAUCGAAGUCAAGCACGAAAUGAUGCAGGUAGAGGAGGAUGCUAGUCCCAAAAUGGGAGAAAUGGGUUCUUCAGGGGGCGAGAAGGUAGCUGAUUCAGACAGGUACAAGGAAGCCCCCGGUACGCCAACGCGAAGCAGCGUCAUCACCAGUGCCCGUGAACUGCAUUACGUUCGUGAAGAAAAUUCUGGAGAGCAGCCUCCUGAAUCUGGGCUUGGGCCACAGGUGGGGAUAGAGAACAGUUCCAGUGCGCAGGGUGAGAGGCACACUGCGUUGUAUCCCCUUCAAUUCAACCGCAGGACUGAUGGCCUACUGGAGGUGCCAACUUCCCUAUCGUCUGCACUGCACGUGCAGCCCACACUCUCUGUGGCGAUGGACUUCAGCGGGUACGGAGGGCUCCUGCCUCAAGGCUUCAUUCAGAGGGAGCUUUUCAACAAGCUGGGCGAACUCGCCGUGGGCAUGAAGACUGAGAAUAGAUCUACCAGCGAGAGGUGUAAUGUCUGUGGCGUAGAACUAUCAGACAGCGAAGCCAUUGAGCAACACAGGAAGAUGCACAGUGGAAUGAAGACCUAUGGAUGCGAACUUUGUGGUAAACGGUUUCUGGACAGCUUACGGCUAAGGAUGCAUCUCCUUUCACACUCAGCAGGUGCAAAGGCCUUUGUUUGUGACCAGUGUGGCGCACAGUUCUCUAAAGAAGAUGCCCUGGAAAGUCAUCGACAAACCCACACCGGUGGAGAGGUGAUACGUUUGAGAAGUUCUGUAACAGCUUCCCGGGCAGGAUUCAACUGUGAGACUCAACAACCACACACCUCCACAAGGUGCAAAGGCCUAUUUUGGAGAACAACACAAGGUACUGACAUGGCGGUCUUUUGCUUGCUUUGCGGGAAGCGUUUCCAGACACAGAUUGCGUUGCAGCAGCACAUGGAGGUGCAUGCUGGUGUCCGCAGCUACAUUUGCAGUGAAUGUAACCGAACCUUCCCAAGCCACACAGCACUGAAACGCCACCUCCGGUCUCAUACAGGUGACCACCCUUACGAGUGCGAGUUUUGUGGGAGCUGCUUCCGUGACGAGUGUACCCUGAAGAGUCACAAGCGUAUCCACACUGGGGAGAAGCCCUAUGAGUGCAAUGGCUGUGGGAAGAAAUUCAGUCUUAAGCACCAGCUGGAGACCCACUACCGGGUUCACACAGGAGAAAAGCCCUUUGAGUGUAAGCUGUGUCAUCAGCGGUCCCGGGACUACUCAGCGAUGAUCAAACAUCUCCGCACCCAUAAUGGGGCCUCCCCCUACCAGUGCACGAUAUGCUUGGAUUACUGCCCGAGUCUCUCUGCUAUGCAGAAGCACAUGAAAAGCCACAAACCUGAGGAUAUCCCACCAGACUGGAGAAUAGAGAAGACUUAUCUCUAUCUGUGCUACGUCUAAUCAUCAAAAAGAGAAUAAGGAAAUAAACAGUGCUGUGAACGUGGAGAGGAUUUUUUUUUAAUUGUUUUGAACCAUUUUCUGUGUUGUGCACAGUAUGCUUGGAUUACCUCGUGUUGUAUGACCUCGUUCAAUUAAUGUUAUUUUUGUUCCCCCAUGCGCUUGUCUCCCUCUUUAGCCUACCACCUUGAGCCAUUUAAGUAUGUCAGGCAGUGGUAAAAGGGUUAAGUACUUAAAAGACUGCCAAGUGCCAGGGCAGAGAAAGCAAUUUAUUUUCAAAUUUAUACGAGUGUGUAGUCAUUACCAAAACUGGUAUUUUUUUUGUUAUGUUUUUUUUUAAAGAAAUAAUGACCCGGGUUGGUUGAUUUGGCCAGGGUCAAAAUUUAUUCCAAAAGCUACCUCUUUAUUUUAUUUUGUCAAGUUACUAAAGCACAGUUGCAGUAUUUUUGUUUCUAAUUGUUGCUGGGAUCGUUCAUCUCAUGCUUGUUGCUAUUUGCUGUUUGUAUUGGCAAGAUUACAGCACCUAUCUGUAAAGGGGUUGUGGGAAUGUAGCGGAAUUUAGAGGUGGGGGUGGGAAGUGGGAUGGGUGGGGAAUGCUUUAAAAACUAAACAGAGGUAAGGACAGAGCUUGCGACACAAGGUUCUUUCCUUUCGGUUUGACAGCAAAAAGGGAAUGGGGUUGGCCUUAAAAUGAAAAUGUUUGUCCUAAAGAUUAGAAGGACAACCAUUGGUGACUGGGUUUCUAAGUUGAGAUAACUGGGCAAAACAAAAAAAGUGUUAAAGCUUGAAUUACAAGAACAGUUAAUGUAUCUUUGUUAAAAUGUGAAGGAACAAGAAAAGAAGUAUCACUUGGGACAGAAUCUGGACAUUUGGCUAUCGUGCGGUGUGUGAGUGUGUGUGUGAGAGAAAGAGAGAAACAGACUGGAUGUUUAAUGAGGGAUUUUAGUAAAGAAUAUUAAUACACUGAAUAUAGAGGGUGAGGAUUUUUUGGUUCUUUGGGGCUGAGGCAGAUCUCUGUGAAAUUCAGACAGAAAUGAUUAGAUAUUUACAAAAUUGUGAUAUUUUUGUAAUAUUUGUUGGUCCUUUUUGUAGGUUUGCAAUGAGUUCCAUCCCUUUCCACCUCUGUGAUGUGAAUAAUUUUUUUUGUGAAUAUGUGUGGGAAUUGAUGCAGUGUCGUUGUAUCCCAAUGUUAUUCCAUGCAUUUAGCACUAAAUCAAAAACAGAGAAGUUAUUUCAUAGUAUAAACUCUAGUUAUGAAUAAAAUCAGGCAGCACAUUGGAUAGACUUGCUGAGGGAGGAGAGGUAGGGAGUUGAAGAGGGACAUUCUCUUGCCAGACAAUGUGGGAGGCAGUUGGGUAUCAUGUUGCAUCUGACUGAAGGAUCCUUUAACUUGACUGUGUUUCAUGAAGAAUGCUUUGUUAGUUGUGAUUGGUAAUCAGUAAAAUUCUUGCUAAACCUGCAUAGGGCCAAAAACUUCCAAAAUGUCUGGCUUUAUUCUCUUGCCUAAUCCAUCAUUUUCCCUACCUCCUCCCUUAUUCUAAUCCAUCGUUCCCUCUCUUCCCCACUUUCCUGCCUUUUAUUCAUUCAUUAUCCUGUCAUUUUGCAACCCCAAUAACUCUCUCUCAUGUCUCUGUCUCUCGCUGUCGCAUUGCCCCCCACUUCCUCUCGCUGUCGCAUCGCCCCCCCGCUGUCGUAUCUCCCUCCCCUCUCCCCCUCCUACCUUAUCAUUCCCUUCUCAGUCUCCCUUCCCCCUCCUCUUCUCCCAUGCUUCCCUUCCUUUUUUCUACCUCCGUACCUCCGUAACACUGUCACCUGUUUCUCCUCUCCCAUAAAGUUUCUUCCCAAAUGCACUUCAGUUCUUAAAGGAAUAUUAUGGACUACUAGUCCCCUCAAUUUUGGAAGGAAAAUGUAACGAACAGGGAAUAAACACUUGGAUAAAGAUUGGGCUUCCUCACUGAAAAGCCCUGUACUCAAUUAUAGCACUUCUGCAAUGGAAGAUAUUUUGAUGUAAUACUGACUGUCCACGCUGGUACCCCAGUCCUUGCUGUUACUUUCCUCAGAAUAGCUGAACACAGAACAAAUAUGUUGGAACUGCAAAUAGAUGGCAAUUCAGCCAGUUAAUAAUUAAAAAUACUUAACAAAAGUGUAAUUUCAUUUGUUUAACACAUGAAACGUUUAAGGUUUAUUAACUGCAGCACUUGUUUUCCUUGAAAUAAUGAUGUUGCUCCAGACGUGAAUUGCCAUGCGAAUUACUGACUCACUGCAAUGCACACUUAGUUGACGUUGUCAGAAAACACUAUGGGGAAAGCUCCCCUGUAACAGAAAAUUGAAAAUGCAUAUUCUCUCAAAUUUUCUGGAAUGUGCUGUUCAAAAAUACAGUUUUGUUGCUGGUGAGCUUAACAUACAGAAACUAAGAUAGUCUAGUGUUUUCAUUGGGAUGGUGGACAUGGAUGGCUUGGUUGAUGCCUGUCUUUGGAUUUAACUAUCAAAGUUGGAAGAAAGCAAAGCAAAAGAGAUGGCAGAUGCUGGCAUAUGGAAUGGAAAAGAGAAUGCUAGAAGAUCUCAGCAGAUCAAGUGGCAUCUGUAGAGGUAAAAGAUGUACAUUGAAGAUUCAGGUCAAGAUGCUGCAUCAACUCAAAAUUAACUUGCAUUGUUUGCCCCCAUAGAUGCAACUUCAUCCUCUGAUUUCUCUUAGCAUUCUGUUUUGGAAGAAGCCAAAACUGUUUGGCAAUUUGCAAAUUUACUCCAGUAUUAAGUCCACUUAGUCUCACCCAGGGUGGAGUAUUAUCAGAACAAAUACCACUUUAAAAUAUGUCCACAGGGUCGUGCCUGGAUUCUUGCAGGAUCAUAUUCUGUUGCAUGCAAGUUGAUCAUGAGAGAGUUAAUUGUUUGACCAGACAAAGAACAUAGGAACAUUUGGCAGACCCAUGGGGUUGUUAUUUCAAGUAAGGAGAUUUGAAUAGUGAACUGGCAUCCUGUCUCUGGGUUUAAAAGGGAAAGUUUCUGCCUUGCAUUCUUUAAUGUUACCCCACAAUAGUGGUUAGGGAGUCUUCCAACAAUACAGCUGUAAAUUGGGGCUCAGUGGAUGGCUUGUGCGAUGAUGUGGAAACUAACACAGUGCGGGAGGGUGGAUGGUGACAUGUUGAUGAUUCAUAUUGCAUCUUUUGCCGAGUUACCCUGGACUUGGAAUACUUGUUAGCAGGUAUUGACCUGGGAGCACCUGACACUGGCCUUUGGCAAAGGUUAGGGCCUAGGCUAAUGUUACUCUGGGCGAACCUGGUGCUGACUCCAACACCAAGUAGGGAAGUAUUUGAUUCUUGCAAAGCUCAAAGUUCCUAUGCCCAAAAAAUGUGAUCUCCUCACAUUACGCUUGCAAAUUAUGAUUUUGAUUUAAGAUGGUGCCAAAUCAUUUCAAUCCUAAUGUUGUGAAAUGUAUUUAACUGUAAACAAGACAGAAUCACAACUGUGCAGCCAAGCUAAGCUCUAACCAGUCAUGACCCAGUUGCUUUCAUUCUGUUCAAUACACUAAACCACAGUCACCAUUGUCAAUAGUUACGUAUUGACCCAGAGUGUAACUGAUCUGAUUUGACCUAACCAACCUGAACAAGACCCUCUAAUUGAGAGUGAGGUUGUUAGUGUAGAGCACCAUCACUCAACAAGGAUUCAAAAAAAACAUUUGAUCAGUUUGAUCCUUUGCUGAUACAUCCUGUAGCCCAAACCUUCAAAAGUUGAUUUUACCACCAAGUCAGCUUAAAUGUAUAUUCUAUUAUAAUGUGAAUCUGAAAAGGAAUUGGAGACACAAGUAGUGCCCAUAUUUUAUGGAAGGGUAAAUGACACUUGAUUAACAUGGGCAUGUCUUUUCUAUAAGCUUAGGUACAAAAAGCCUGAUACACAGUGGCCUCUACAUUGUUAGUGGGUUUCAGAAAUGUACAGCCUUUGGGUGUGAAAUGCUCAUUCUAAACCCUUUUGAAACUGUGAAAACACUCAAAAGUACAACUACAGAUUUUAUCUUUUAAGCCUGUGUUGCGUCAGGAGUGAGCAGCUUAACACUAGCAUGGAGUAUUGGUUAAUUUAUACUGAGGUGAGUAUUACUAUUCUAAUUUAACCUUGCUAUCAGAUAGACUUUGCUGGUUUUGUUUUUUGUGGCACAAAAUAUUUAGGGGAGAAAUUAUGAAUCUCAUUAAAGAAGAAUUUAAAAUGAAUUUCAUUAAGUGCCCAGGGAAAUAGGUUCCACAUGUUAUUUGGACAUUCAGCUCUUCUGAGGAUAGUCAUCAAAGGAAGGGUUCCUGUGAGGAGUAACUUGGAUCUGUCAGUAAAAUUGCACUGGGCAACAAAUAUUUUGAUUUAGUGCAAAAGGUGCAAAGUAACAUAUGGAUGUUUAUGAUGGUGUGCCUAAACUGUCUACGAUAUUUUCUACAUUUUUUUGGAAAAAAAAGUAAUCAGGCUUUAAAUUCCUAUUGCAGUCAAGUGCAAGUGUUGCAUAUGUUUAUGACAAAAAGGUGUUCUACGCUUUGUACAUUUUUUUUGUUCAGAAAGUGUGUUUAAAAACAAAUCCUUUGUCUGUUUUACUUUUAGGGUGUGUUUCUUGUGCAUGCGCCGGUUUACGAUGGUGAAGACUUGUAACGUUGCAGAAAGAGGCAUCCUGCCCAGUUAUAUAUACAUAUACAUAUAUAUUAUAUAUAAAUAUUAGCACUGAGGACUGCCAUUUUGGACCAAGUGUAUCCAUGGCAACCAGCCAUUUUGUUUUUUGUAUCAAGUCUGUGACAGCGCAUGUGCCAGUCUAAUUGCUUUGUAUUACAAUUUUUUUAAAUAUAAAAAUGGUGUUAUUAUUUUUUUUAAUUAAUGUUAUAGUUGAGUCUACCUCAGCACCUGUUGUUAGCUUACAUUUAGAAGGUGCCAUUUUCGUUAAUCUGGAAAUUAAAAAAAAAAUCUUUUCCUUUUUUCCCUUUUAUUUUGAAUGAGAACAGUGUUCGGAAUAGUGUUCGCUGGUCCUGUCCUCGUCAGCGCAAAAAUACGCCAACAGCGUGGGCGUGUGCCUCAUCCACGUUGUGAUGUAAUCAUCCAAGCUUUAAUCCCUCUUUUUCCUGUGUAAACUUUCCCUCUGCUCUCAUUUUUUUUCAGUGUUCCAAUACAGGGGGAGAGAGAAAAAAAGAAAUGCUGCAGAUUAUUUUUCUUCAUGUGUCACUAAGUGAAGUUUGUGCCUUCAAUAGCGAAAGAGAAUAUUUUUUACAUCCUACUAACAGUAGAUUUUUGUAGUGAGCAUUUUUUUGUAUUUUAUUUAUAAGUCAUGUAAAAGAAAAAUAAGAAUAACAAUUGUUUCAGUUGUAUACCUUGACUCUGCAGUUAGAAAAAUAAUAAAUGAUAUGC